CAAUUCCGAAACCUGAAGGUGGAGUUGGACGUCGGUACAUCAUUCCCCUUCCAUUCCAAACCAAUCCUGUACCAUUGAGCCACUCAGCACAGCAUUCCCCAGCAACACCUACUCGAACUCUCUCCUUCCCUCGCCAGUUCCUGUAGCAUCACACGAGAAGUCCUGUCCGCGUCCCCCUACUCAUAGCUCCCGAACCGUAAACAAUGUCCGCCGUCCCCGCGACCCCGGCAUCAACCCCUACGGCCGCCACCCUACCCACAGUCGCCACAACCGGCGCACCCACACUCUUAACCCACCAGAUUGCCGGCCACGCAGGCCAAAUCCUCUCCCUCCCCAACGGCUUGAUUGCCAAAGUGUGUCCCAUAAAAGAAAAGCAUUUCUACGAACAUGUCUUCCAUUCCCCGCGCGCCGAUCUGGUCGCUUUUCAAACCAUCAUCCCGAAAUAUGCAGGCGUCCCUGCCGACAUACCUCCUCCAACGACACCCACUGGCGAAAUCGAUACCACCAAAGCCGUGAUCCAGGCGCAGGAUGUGCUACGCCCGUUCACCAACCCUUCCGUUGCGGACAUCAAGAUCGGCACGCGGCUUUACGGCACUGAAGCCGACGCCGCCAAACAGGCGAGAAUGGAACAUCAAGCGGCUAUCACGACUAGCGGGGCGACGGGGCUGCGGAUUUGCGGAACGCGUGUGUUCCGGCGGUCUGACCAAACCUCUGUGGUGCAUGAUCGCACGUUCGGGCGCGCGUUGACGGUCAAGACAUUGCCUUCUGGCGUGGACGAGUUCUUCAGUGCGGCGGAUAUACCGGACGCGACGCAGAAGCGGAAACUGGUGGAGAAAGUGGCGGCAGCGUUGCGCGCGGUGCUUGCCGUGCUGGAAAAGGCGUGUGUGCGGUUGUAUGGCGCGUCGUUGUUGGUGGUCUAUGGGGAUGAUGAUGAGGUGGAUGUGAAGAUUAUUGACUUUGCGCAUUCGCAUGUGGAGGAGGAGACGGAGGGGCCGGAUGAAGGGGCGGUUUUCGGCGUAAAAUACUUGAUUCGGAUACUCGAGGAGUUGGCUGAUGACCGGCAUUAAUGUGAUGCGGAGGAAGUGAGUGGACAGGGCUUUUGCGAACCCUUUCAGCAGAACGUAGGGCAUAGACUUUAGAUAGCUGUGCAGUGUAUCACCCUCACUUGUAUGCAUUCACGGCAUUUGCGUGGGAUUUUCAUAGAGUGAAAUAACAGAACAUGUUGAUGACAUCGCAGAUGCUUCGGCGAAAUGUGUAAUCUGUCUAAACUUGUAAUCUCUAUCCGGGUCUUGCAUGUUCUUGGCAGCAGACGGUCAAAUCGGCGGGCGCGGUGGCCCUUACGUUAGAUGACCGUGCCUUCGGACUUGCAUACACACUUCCUCACCUUCUUCUGCUUGAUUUCUCGCUUUCCUUCUCUCUCAAAUCCGGUCGGGAUGAUUAUCGUGCUGAUUAGAAUCGUAAGAACCAGUCCCAUCCCAAGAUUAGUU